GAGCGCGCCUGAGAGCGGGGAGCAGGCAAGCCAAGGGUGACGCCCUGAAACCCGAGGCUUGGUUCUGACUGGUGCCUUCCCGAACCCACCUAGAGUGGAACGAAAGAAGGAAAGGAAAGGGGUGAACAGAGAAGGACCCGGGGGCUGGAAAGAGUGACCGCGAGUGCGGAGCGCGACCGCCGGCGGCGUGAGCUCGCCGCCGCCAGGCCACGUGACGCGGCCAAAAUGGCCGCCGACGGGGGCGACGGCUGCCCGGUUGGGCGCGGGCCGGGUCCAGAGCCGGGAGAAGAGUUUGAGAUCGUGGACCGGAGCCAGCUGCCUGGCCCGGGGGACCUGCAGAGUGCGGCCAGGUGGCGGGCGGCGGCGGAGGGCUGGUCCGCGCCCAUCCUCACCCUGGCGCGCAGGGCCACGGGCAACUUGUCGGCUAGCUGCGGGAGCGCGCUACGCGCAGCCGCCGGGCUCGGCGGCGCGGACGGGACGGAGGGCGCGGCGCGCACAGCUUCCAAGUGCCAGAUGAUGGAGGAGCGUACCAACCUGAUGCACAUGAUGAAACUUAGCAUCAAGGUCUUGCUCCAGUCUGCCCUGAGCCUGGGCCGCAGCCUGGAUGCGGACCACGCCCCCUUGCAGCAGUUCUUCGUGGUGUUGGAGCACUGCCUUAAGCAUGGGCUGAAAGUCAAGAAGAGUUUUAUUGGCCAAAAUAAAUCUUUCUUUGGUCCUUUGGAGCUGGUGGAGAAGCUUUGUCCAGAAGCAUCAGAUAUAGCCACCAGUGUCAGAAAUCUGCCAGAAUUAAAGACAGCUGUGGGAAGAGGCCGAGCUUGGCUUUAUCUCGCCCUCAUGCAAAAGAAACUGGCAGAUUAUCUGAAGGUGCUGAUAGACAAUAAACACAUCUUAAGUGAGUUCUAUGAGCCAGAGGCCUUAAUGAUGGAAGAAGAGGGGAUGGUGAUCGUCGGUCUCCUGGUAGGACUCAAUGUUCUUGAUGCCAAUCUUUGCUUAAAAGGAGAAGACUUGGAUUCUCAGGUUGGAGUGAUCGAUUUUUCCCUCUACCUUAAGGAUGUGCAGGAUCUUGAUGGUGGCAAAGAGCAUGAAAGAAUUACUGAUGUCCUUGAUCAAAAAAAUUAUGUGGAAGAACUGAACCGGCACUUAAGCUGCACAGUUGGGGAUCUUCAAACCAAGAUAGAUGGCUUGGAAAAGACCAAUUCAAAGCUUCAAGAAGAGCUUUCAGCUGCAACAGACCGGAUUUGUUCACUUCAAGAAGAACAGCAGCAAUUAAGAGAACAAAAUGAAUUAAUCCGUGAAAGAAGUGAGAAGAGUGUAGAGAUAACAAAACAAGACAUAAAAGUUGAGCUGGAGACUUACAGGCAGACUCGGCAGGGUCUGGACGAGAUGUAUAGCGACGUGUGGAAGCAGCUGAAGGAGGAAAAGAAAGUCCGUCUGGAACUAGAGAAAGAACUGGAGUUACAAAUUGGCAUGAAAACCGAAAUGGAAAUUGCAAUGAAGUUGCUGGAAAAGGAUACUCAUGAGAAGCAGGACACCCUGGUCGCCCUGCGCCAGCAGCUGGAAGAAGUCAAAGCCAUCAAUCUGCAGAUGUUCCACAGAGUUCAGGAUACAGAGAGCAGUUUACAGCAGAAGAAUGAAGCCAUCACAUCUUUUGAAGAAAACAUCAAUCAAGUUAUGUCCAGCAUGAAACAGAUGGAAGAAAGGUUGCAGCGCUCCGAGCAGGCACGGCAGGAUGCUGAGGGGCGGGGCCAGCAGCUGCAGCAGGAUCUGGGCCGCAAGACGGAAGCGCUGCAGGAGCGGCUUUCCCAGCUGCUCAGCCAAUGCUCAAGUCUAGAGAAAGAGUUGAAAUCAGAAAAAGAGCAAAGACAAGCUCUUCAGCGAGAAUUACAGUGCGAGAAAGACGACUCCUCCCUCCUCCGAGCAGAGCUACAACAAAUGGAAGGCUUAAAAAAGGAGCUGCGAGAGCUCCAGGACGAGAAGACGGAGCUCCAGAAGGUUUGCAAAGAGCAAGAACAAGCCCUCCAGGAAAUGGGGCUUCACCUCAGCCAGUCCAAGCUGAAGAUGGAAGACAUCAAAGAAGUGAAUAAGGCACUGAAGGGCCACACGUGGCUGAAAGAUGACGAAGCCACACGUUGCAAGCAGUGUGAGAAGGAGUUCUCCAUUUCAAGGAGGAAGCACCACUGCCGGAACUGCGGCCACAUCUUCUGCAGCACCUGCUCUGGCAACGAGCUGGCCCUGCCCUCCUACCCGAAGCCGGUACGCGUGUGCGACAGCUGCCACACCCUGCUCCUGCAGCGCUGUUCCUCCUCCACCAGCUCCUGAGGCCUUGGACUGCGCCCACGUGGCCACUGGCUGUGGGACAGAGAGCCCCAUCACCUUCGGAGCUUGACGGUAUGAACUCUGGAUCCAGACUUCCCUGGCACUGGGCUGCAUCACCGGUUUAGGGUCAGAUUAACUUGGUGGUUUUGCUACUAUCAUUUUUCACUUUUCCAAAAAUUAACCUAUUUUGCAGCAGUCAUACCAGUGUAGUGAGCAUUCGGUUCCUCUCCCACUGCCCUGUGUGCCUUCCCUGCUUGAGUCAAGAAAUGGGCCAUUUCACACCCUUGUGAGCGUCUGUCCCUGUUGGCCCUGCAAUAAAAUCACUGAUUUUUCACCUGCAUGCA